CAUAUCAUCCGUACACGGUACGAGAUACAGUGAUAAAAUGCGGUGUGAUAAACUGUUAUUUAAUGACUUACUUGUUAUUGCAGAAAAUAACACCUUUUGUGACCACGCAUUAAAAUGUAAAAAUGCUUUUUGGGAGGUCAUAUAGUAACUGAACUUGCAUUUAGCGCACGGAAUAACUGCGUUGGAAUCGACAUAUGAAAUGUUAUGGGUUUUUUUCUAUUUAUAUAUUGAUUCAUUGUAGUAAAUUCGCGAACGAGUACGUGAACUGGUCUAAGAAGAUAAAAAUGGUUAUUUAAAUAAUUAUUUGUGUUAUCUUGCAUACAUAUAGAAGUGUUUCAAUGUUUUAAUGCAAACUUCGCAUGCAAAUAAUUUAAAUGAAAGCAAAAAUAAGGGCAUUCGAGACAAACUUCAGUCGAUCCUUCCGCAUAUUUUAAUUAAAAAGGAGAUUUGUUCGUUAAUUUUGAACCAAAAUAUGUACGAGGCGGUGUCAACUAACAACGCUUCGGUUGUGUACGCAGCAGUGACGGGUUUUGUGGAGAAAAAGUCGAAAUACUGGUUCACUGACUACCAAUUCGUCGUUGAAGUGUACUGGACCAAUAAGCGGACUACUUUUAUCAAGCGUAGUUACAGCGAUGUGCUUAGGUUCCAAGACCAGUUGCUGGACUAUUUUAGUGAACGCUUGCAGAAGGGGCUAAUAAAGACGCCUGUUUAUAUACCUAGAUUGCAAGGAAAACGAGUAUUUCAAUUAAGAUCGGUUGAGUUGGCUGAACAACAGGAAACGGAACUACAAAAAUUCUUCAGGGAUCUCAUUGGUGGAAACCCUCUCAUAUCCGGUAACAAGAUAGUGACGGACUUCUUGAACCGGUGGCCUACCGACCCUGUGCCCAGUGCAGACGAAAUACCGGAAGAAGACGACGAGGAUGACGUCCUAUUUGACCGAUGACCUCAACCCAGCAGGACCCCGCUGUUAAUAAAUUGAGAUUCGUUCAGGGAAAACUGUGCUUCAAAUGCAUGUGCGUUAAGUGUCGUUCCAGAUUAGCCUGUGCAGUCCACACAAGCUAAUCAGGAAUGACAACUCUCGGCUAAACUGGAUUUUUUUUAAAGAGUCUAACGUUUAAGCGAAAACUUCCAUUAGAGCUGAAAGUGUCGUCCCUGAUUAGCCUGUGCGGUCUGCACAGCCUACUCCGGGAUGCCACUACGCACAUGCAUUUAGUCCAGUUUUACCAGAAUGAGGCUCGAUUUAACCGUUGGUUAAAUAAACCAUGUUAUAAGUUUGGAAACGGUUGUCAUUUAUUGUACUAUGACGGCCAGAAUGUGUAGAACUACUUAUUCUGAUUUAGGACAGUGCCAAGGAUUAUAAAAAUCAAUGUGCGUAAGAAUGUAAGCCAUCGUUAACAAUAACCAAUCAUUUACUUAUUUGAACCAGGCCCUGGAUACAAGUUCUUGUCUUUCAAUAUAUUUCACUAUAAAUGUUAUAGUAUUUCAACAUGUGCGACCUUUUUUUAGUAUUUCUUUGUGUAUGGGUUGAUACUUAUUGCGCAAUGACUGAUCACACGUGCUAUUGAUAUUGUUUCCGAGAAAUCAGCGUUUAACUUGUUUAUGUUAAUAACUAGAAUGAUGUCUAUGACAUUAGUGAGAUUCCAAUUAUACACAUAGCUAGCCAAAGGGUAUUAUUUUGGAAAAAAAUCUUACAUACAAUUUUAACUAAUUUGAGUACAACACUGUAUCCAUGUGAAAUAGUUACUAGAAAUUAUAUGUAAGGAAACAUU